GCAGAGGUGCUCAGAGGGGGUGGUGCUCAGAGAGGCCAGGGUACUUGGGUUAAUCAUCACUGUGGCUCAGAUAAGGCUCUGCCAGCUGGAAGCAGAGUUAGUGUGACAGAAGGGUUUGUGUGGCUGAAGAAACAGGCACAACAGUGUGUCCACAGCGUGGGACCAUGCCAGGCACAAAACGAUUUCAACAUGUGAUUGAGACCCCAGAGCCCGGCAAGUGGGAGUUGUCUGGGUAUGAGGCAGCCCUGCCAAUCACAGAGAAGUCAAACCCACUGACCCGGGACCUGGACAAAGCAGAUGCCAAGCAGAUUGUUCAAUUACUGGGGCAAUGUGAUGCUGAGAUCUUCCAGGAGGAGGGGCAAGCCAUGCCCACAUACCAGCGACUCUACAGUGACUCAGUUCUGACCACCAUGGUACAAGUGGCUGGAAAAAUUCAGGAGGUGCUGAAGGACCCUGAGGGGGGCCUGGUGGUGCUGAGUGGAGGGGGCACCUCUGGCAGGAUGGCAUUCCUCAUGUCGGUCUCCUUUAACCAGCUGAUGAAAGGGCUAGGACAGAAACCUCUUUACACCUACCUCAUUGCAGGAGGUGACAGGUCUGUGGUGGCCUCUAGGGAGGGGACAGAAGAUAGUGCCCUGCAUGGGAUUGAGGAACUGAAGAAGGUGGCUGCUGGGAAGAAGAGGGUGAUAGUCAUUGGCAUUUCGGUGGGACUUUCUGCUCCCUUUGUAGCAGGCCAGAUGGACUACUGCAUGGAUAACCCAGCUGUCUUCUUGCCAGUUUUGGUUGGUUUCAAUCCAGUGAGCAUGGCCAGAAAUGACCCCAUUGAAGACUGGAGUUCAACAUUUCGACAGAUAGCAGAGCGGAUGCAGAACCUGCAAGAGAAACAGGAAGGUUUUGUGCUCAAUCCUGCAAUUGGGCCUGAGGGUCUCAGUGGCUCCUCCCGGAUGAAAGGUGGAAGCGCGACCAAGAUCCUGCUGGAAACCCUGUUACUGGCAGCCCACAAGACUGUGGACCGGGGUAUUGCAACAUCUCAGAGGUGCCUUCUGGAAAUCCUGCGGACAUUUGAGCGGGCUCAUCAGGUGACCUAUAGUCAAAGCCCCAAGAUUGCCGCCCUGGUGAAGCAAGCCAGCACUAGCCUAGAGAAAAAAGGCCAAGUGUACCUGGUUGGCUGGCAGACCCUCGGCAUCAUUGCCAUCAUGGAUGGGGUAGAGUGCAUCCACACCUUCGGUGCUGAUUUCCAAGAUGUCCGUGGCUUUCUCAUUGGUGAUCACAGUGACAUUUUUACCCAGAAGGCUGAUCUCAUCAACCAGGGUCCCCAGUUCUCCUUCUCCCAGGAGGACUUCCUAACCUCCAUCCUGCCGUCCCUCAAGGAAAUUGACACUGUGGUCUUCAUUUUUACCCUGGACGACAACCUCACGGAGGUGCAGACACUGGUGGAGCAGGUGAAAGAGAAGACCUCCCACAUCCAGGCCUUGGCACACAGCACUGUGGGGCAGUCCCUGCCGACCACUCUGAAGAAGCUCUUUCCCUCCAUCAUCAGCAUCACAUGGCCACUGCUUUUCUUUGAAUAUGAAGGGAACUUCAUCCAGAAGUUCCAGCAUGAGCUCAGCACCAAGUGGGUGCUAAAUACAGUGAGUAUGGGGGCCCAUGUACUUCUUGGGAAGAUCCUCCAAAACCACAUGUCGGACCUCCGCAUUCGCAACUCCAAGCUCUUCUGGCGGGCACUGGCCAUGCUUCAGCGGUUCUCUGGACAGCCUAAGGCUCCAUGUAUCGAGAGCCUCCUCCAGGUGAUCCACUUCCCUCAGCCACUGUCGGAUGAUAUUCGGGCUGCUCCCAUCUCCUUCCACAUCCAGGUUGCACAUGAGAAGGAACAGGUGAUCCCCAUAGCCUUGCUGAGCCUCCUAUUCCGGUGCUCCAUCCCUGAAGCACAGGCACACUUGGCUGCAGCUCCCUCCGUCUGUGAGGCUGUCAGGAGCGCCCUCACUGGGCCAGGUCGGAAGCGCAGUGCGGAGCCCCUUGAGACUCUUGAGCCUGCCCUGCAGUGAACCGGUGUUUCCGUGUGUGUGAAGGGGACCAGCCCAGCCCAGCCCAUGGGGGCUUGCUGGGCCAGCAGCACAUGUGGUGGGAGGAGAGGUCACCCAGGGGAACCAGCAGCCCAGGGUGGAGAGAAAGAAUCUACUUUGGAGGAGUUCUUGCUCCUGACUCAGUGAUCUCCACUUUCACUGGCAUAUUCUGAUUUCAGAAAUAAAACUAAAAGGCUUGUUUUGGAAAGUUAAACUUCCACACUCAGUAAAUCAGAGUCAAUAGAUCAGACAUGGGACAAGAUGGGUGGGAUGGGUUGGUCCCAAUAGCAAGUUUGUUUCUUUACUUCUCCCCCCGUCCCCUAACCACAUUAAAUUGGCCACUGACCCAAACCUUAUUCCAGCAUCUCUACAUCUCCCAUCUCCAACAUGUAGGUGUGCGUGUGCAUGCGCAUGCACACACGCUCCACUCCUACACAGAAUCACACAAACAAGGAGAGGCGGGAACUUAGGUAAUUCCAGGGGAAGAGGGAAGAAGUUGUACCCCCAACAUAGGAUACCCAGAAAAAAGACAAUCCCCAUUUAUCAUGACAGGAUCCUUCUUACUAGAAUGAACGCUACAUCCACACAUUAGACUAUGAAGUGAGAGUUGCAUCCCCUGCCCAGUGUUUGUAAGGGGAACGUAAGGGACUCUGGGGGUGCUGAACACCCUUUGGUGGUGGGACCCAAUAAGCACUAGGAACCCCAGUCUGUACAUUUUAGACUUCAGCUGUUACCUGUUUUGACAAAUCAAAGGCACCCUUGCUCAUCCCAGACCCAUGCCAUCUCUUCAGCGCCUAUGACGUAUGACUCUGAUGGUAGAGGACUGGCGCCCCCUUGUGUGCGAGAAAUACCCCGGUAAUAGACACCCAGGCACUCGCUGAGGACAAAGCCUCUGUGAAGCUCACUUGAACCUUUAGGCAGGAGGGUGACUAAGGAGCCAAAUAGAUUUUGGUUUUUUGAGGAUAGAGUGACCAACAUUUUAAAGGCCUCCAUAGGGCCCUCCAUAUAUCUGUGAGCCUCCUUUUUCCUGUUCUACGUCUACAUUUACGUUGCUAACUUGGAUCUUUAACCAACAUCCCUUUCCUCAGCCAUCACUCUCUCAGUGCCUUCUUAGUGGCAUCCCUUUGGUUUUCAUCCUCCACAAACACCUGUUCCUAACUCUACAACUCAAGAUGGGUGAAGUUAGGAAAGGAUCCUGCAAAAGCUCUAUGUUUCUCCUUACCCACAACUCUCUUCCAUAUGCUUUCACUGGGUAAAUUCCUCUCUCAUCUUGGCAUCAUGGGCAGGAUCAAGUCAGAGAAGACACUCAGCUUUCCAGGGUCCAGGAAAGCACAGCAUCCUUUGAUCCUGUUGAUGAUGCCAACAUGUGCAGUAGCACCACUCCCACAUGUGGAAUGGAUAUGGGUCUGAUUUCCCCAAGGCUGGAUGCAGAAGGACUCUAGAAGCCCAGAGUUUUUCUUUUUCCUUGCCAAGUAGUUGGAUGGUACAAAGACAUCAAGUGAAUUCAAUUCUUAUACACUUUCAUAUGAGAUUCAGGUGUUAUGAACAAGGUGGAGUAGUGCUCACCUUGGGGGACUUUAGAGGCUGGAUACGCUCUCUGGCUUGUGGAGGAGACAAAGGUGACUGAGAUCUGAUCCCUACCCCCUAGGAACUCACAAGCACAUAUGUCCAAUUCCAAUACAAGACAGAGAGAGCUGAAGUGGAUUGGAACAGCAGGCUAGCUACAGAGAGCUGCCAGAGUUGUUUUGGGAGAUUACAGGGUAGGCCAAGAAUCAAGGAAAAUUUUGGAAGAAAGGAGGUUGGGGUCAGGUGAGAGAAUAUCCAAAGAAAAUCUGGGAAUCUUUGGAGGCUUGCACUGGUGUGUGGAUCCAAUAACAGAGAGUCAGGUCAUUGUCAGUGGAACCUGAGCUCUAAGCAGAGCUAAAGAGAUUCAAAGAUUUUUUAGAACUAUCCAGAGACAAAUGGUAGGGUAACAACUUUUGCCGUUAUUUGGAGAAAGCAAACAUCUGAAGGCAAGAACAACUAGAGAGUAGUCUGUUGUCAACACAGGGCAGUAAUUAUGCUGAGAUGACUAAAGGGUCUAUCCUAGGAGACUGGUUGGAUUGUGGAAGAUGAAGGAAACAAUUUCUUGCUACACCUAUUUGCUGGAUCAAAAAUAAGAGGUGAAGGGGCAGAAGAUAUUUGGAUACGACAUAUACUUCAAACUUAAUAUAUAAAAAAGUGGAACCCAUGAUUUCUCCUCCAGAUCAGCUAUUCUUUUCAUAACUUAGGUGGUCUUGAAUAUUAGACAGGAUGAUUCUAGGUCACAUGGGAGAGUAAGGUUGAAGGAGGAUGUUGGGACCAGAUAGAAGACAAAGGGGCACCAACGUGGUUUCAGGGAUGGGCCCUACAAGCACAACAAAAUGUUUAAGAUCCAAUCCAAACUCAGGUAUGGUUUGGAUAUAUGUGUCAAAUCCUAGGGCUGAGAGGACAGGCACUGCAUUUAAGCAGUGUAAAGUGCUUCCAUCCUGGAAGAGAGAAGAAUUGGGCUUACCUAUAAACUGAUGGCUGGGGUGGUAUGGCAUGGGAGAAAGAGAUAGGAAGAGGAGCCUGGAGCAUCUUGUAGUGCCAGAAAGUGAAGAAAUGCUCAUAAAAACAAAAGGAUAGGGUCGUGUUAAAAGGACACAGGAGCCAACCUGAAAAAGCUCCCAAUGACCAAAUUUGGAAAAAUUUGAGCAACAAAAUAAAUUAUAUAGUGUUGGACUAUAACACAAAGUACAAAAUAAGUAUACAUGAGUUCAUACUGAUAUAACAAAAUAAUUGAAUAAAUAAAUAAGAAGAGGAGACAAAUCUUCCCCACACAAGAAUUUUGAAAAAUAUAUGUACGUAGACAAACCCCCUCCAAGAGAUGGAGAUUAAUAACCCCUCACUCCCUAGAACCCCAGUGGGGCUAGACUUAGGGGCCUGUUUCCAAAGAACAGAGUAUGGAAAAAGCAAAAUAGUAGCUUCAUAGUGGAGAAACCUGGCAAACAUUCCCUUAAUCAGGUAGUGGAGAAUACCAUCACCAGUUGAUAUCAUGUACCACCUGAUAUGAUAUAAUGAGACGGGCAUGUCACUUCUGUGAUAUUCUUCCCAAAACACGUCCUUAGUCUAAGCAUAAGGAAAACAUCAGCAAAACCCAAAUUUAAGAAGAUUUUACAAAAGAUCUUCCCAGUAUUUCUCAAAACUGUCAAGGUCAUAGAAAGCAAGGAAAGACUGAGAAACUGUCACAGACCAGAGGAGACUAAGGAGGCAUGGCAACUAAAUACAACAUGGUACCUGGGUUGGAUCCUGUACAGAAAAAGGACAUCAGUGGAAAAACUGAUGGAAUCUGAAUGAAGUUUGGAGUUUAGUUAAAAGUAAAUGUACCAGUGUUAAUCAUAUAGAUUUGACAGAUGUACCAAAGUUGUGUAAGAUAUUAACAUUAGGCCAAACUGGGUGAUGGGUGUAUGGCAACUCGCUGUAUUAUCUUUGCAACUUUUCUGUAAAUCGAAAAUUAUUCAAAAAUAAAGUUUAUUAAAAAAUAAAAUUAAUAUUCCAUAUAUGUGGGAAGGGGUAAAUAGAGUUAAAAUAUUCCAAGGACCUUGAUUUAUCCAUAAAGAGGAUAAAGGUUUUGAUUACUUUAAGAAUUUGAUAUAUUAAGUAUGCGUAUUGCAUUUUAAAAGGUAUCCACUAAAAAUGGGGCUGGCAAACAUUUUCUGUAAAGGGAUAAAUAGUAAAUAUUUUAGUCUUUGCAAACCCUGUGGUCUCCAUUGUAACAACUCAACUCUAUGAUUGUAGUGUGAAAGCACACAUAGACAAUACGUGACGUGAGUAUGGCUGUGUUCCAAUAAAUCUUUUUUUUUUAAUUUUUAAAA